AACUCAGGAAGCGCUCUUCAGUCAGAAUGGGCGUGUUAAAUGAUAAAAUGUUGAACUCGUGCUGUAGUGUUUAGUACUAUCCGGUGAAGAUGCUAAAAGAGGCUGUAGUCUUGCUGGCCGUACAGGCCCUGGUGGUCUCCAUCGGCUCUAUGUGCCCUGACAGAGAUGUGUGUGAGGAGAGACACACAUGCUGUCAAGGUCCCACUGGAGAGUACAGCUGUUGUCCACAUCACCAAGGUGAGUGCUGUGAUGAUCAUCUGCACUGCUGCCCUGAACACACUAUAUGCCAAAUGGAGGAGGGGAACUCCAGAUGUGUCAACGCCACUCACUCACUCCCACGGACAGAGAGGAUUGCAAGCCGACAGUCCAGCCUCUUAAAAUCUCUGCGGGUGAUCUCUGCCUCUCCUGUAAACAUGGAUGCUGUGGUGUGCCCAGACAAGACCUUCUGUCCCGCUGAGUUCUCCUGCGUCAAGCUGCCCAUCACCUAUGGAUGCUGUCCCAUUGCACAGGGCAUUGUGUGUGCAGAUGGAAAACACUGCUGCCCUGAGGGUCUCGAGUGCAGUUCUGACGGGAAAUCCUGCAUUCAGCCACGAGAGCCUGUGGUGGCUGUAAUAUGCAGUGAUGGCUUGUUUGAGUGCCCACAGGGUGCCUCCUGUUGCCAGUCCUCAGAUGGAGUUUUGGGGUGCUGCCCCUUUCCCCGGGCGGUUUUCUGUGAUGAUACAGAACACUGUUGCCCCGAGGACAGCACCUGUGAUGUCAAGAACUCUAAAUGCAUAUCCUCCACCAAUCAGCACAUGCCAAUGUGGGCCAAGUUUCCUGCCCGGCUGAGAGCAGACUGGGAGGACCAUGACCGUGAAACCACGACAGAAUCCAAACUUGAGACAUCAACGACCCAGGCUGUCACUGCUGAGCCUGAGACAACAUCAACCCAGCCAAAUACUGCUGCUAUGAUGGCUACCCAACCCAGCAAUAUAGCAACGAGUAAGGACGUUCCCUGCAAUAACACAGUGGCCUGUGAAGAUGCCAACACUUGUUGUAAGACUGCAGAGGAUGAAUGGGUCUGCUGUCCUCUGCCAAAGGCUGUCUGCUGUGAGGACCAUUUUCACUGCUGUCCAGAGGGGACCACCUGUGAUGGGGCGCAUGGCACUUGCCAAAGCGUCCAGAGUGCUGUGCCCAUGCAGAAAAAGCUGCCAGCCUUGUCCUUGCCACCUAAAGAAAAUGAUGUAGCAUGUGACUCCACUCAUGCCUGCGCAGACGGUACCACCUGCUGCAAGACUGAAACAGGAGAGUGGGCCUGUUGCCCCCUGGCUGAGGCUGUCUGCUGUGAGGACCAUAUUCACUGCUGUCCGAAAGGGACCACCUGUGACGUGGAGCAUGACACCUGCCAGAGCGCCCAGGGUCCCGUGCCCAUGUUGACGAAGCUGCCAGCCUUGGCCUUGCCACCUAAAGAAAAUAAUGUAACAUGUGACUCCACUCAUGCCUGCGCAGACGGUACCACCUGCUGCAAGACUGAAACAGGAGAGUGGGCCUGUUGCCCCCUGGCUGAGGCUGUCUGCUGUGAAGACCAUACUCACUGCUGUCCGAAGGGGACCACCUGUGACGUGGCGCAUGACACCUGCCAGAGCGCCCAGGGUCCCGUGCCCAUGUUGACUAAGCUGCCAGCCUUGGCCUUGCCACCUAAAGAAAAUGAUGUAGCAUGUGACUCCACUCAUGCCUGCGCAGACGGUACCACCUGCUGCAAGGAUGACAAAGGAGAGUGGGAAUGUUGCCCCCUGGCUGAGGCUGUCUGCUGUGAGGACCAUAUUCACUGCUGUCCGAAAGGGACCACCUGUGACGUGGAGCAUGACACCUGCCAGAGCGCCCAGGGUCCCGUGCCCAUGUUGACGAAGCUGCCAGCCUUGGCCUUGCCACCCAAAGAAAAUGAUGUAGCAUGUGACUCCACUCAUGCCUGCGCAGACGGUACCACCUGCUGCAAGACUGAAACAGGAGAGUGGGCCUGUUGCCCCCUGGCUGAGGCUGUCUGCUGUGAGGACCAUAUUCACUGCUGUCCGAAAGGGACCACCUGUGACGUGGCGCAUGACACCUGCCAGAGCGCCCAGGGUCCCGUGCCCAUGUUGACGAAGCUGCCAGCCUUGGCCUUGCCACCUAAAGAAAAUGAUGUAGCAUGUGACUCCACUCAUGCCUGCGCAGACGGUACCACCUGCUGCAAGACUGAAACAGGAGAGUGGGCCUGUUGCCCCCUGGCUGAGGCUGUCUGCUGUGAGGACCAUAUUCACUGCUGUCCGAAAGGGACCACCUGUGACGUGGCGCAUGACACCUGCCAGAGCGCCCAGGGUCCCGUGCCCAUGUUGACGAAGCUGCCAGCCUUGUCCUUGCCACCUAAAGAAAAUGAUGUAACAUGUGACUCCACUCAUGCCUGCGCAGACGGUACCACCUGCUGCAAGGAUGACAAAGGAGAGUGGGGAUGUUGUCCCCUGGCUGAGGCUGUCUGCUGUGAGGACCAUAUUCACUGCUGUCCGAAAGGGACCACCUGUGACGUGGCGCAUGACACCUGCCAGAGCGCCCAGGGUCCCGUGCCCAUGUUGACUAAGCUGCCAGCCUUGGCCUUGCCACCCAAAGAAAAUAAUGUAACAUGUGACUCCAGUUAUGCCUGCGCAGACGGUACCACCUGCUGCAAGGAUGACAAAGGAGGGUGGGCCUGUUGCCCCCUGGCUGAGGCUGUCUGCUGUGACGACAAUACUCACUGCUGCCCGAAGGGGACGAUCUGUGACGUCGCGGCACAAACCUGCUUGAGUGCCACCGGACCUGUGCCCGUAUUCACCAAGCUGACCGCAACUGCCGUGUCACCUGAGGUAAAGGAGGCGCCGACGUCCCGUGCUCAGUGUGACGCGUCGACCUCCUGUCCCGACCACAACACCUGCUGCUUCAUGAAAGAGGAGAAGACAUGGGGCUGCUGUCCAUUGGCGGAUGGCUUAUGCUGUGAGGAUGGUGAGCACUGCUGCCCACAUGGCUAUAAGUGUGAUAUGGCCACAACCACCUGCAUUAACGGAGAUGUCAUCAUCCCCUGGUACAACAAGCUGCCCGCACAGAGCCCUCCCAGCCCAAGUGAAUCCGUUGCCGCGGUGACCUGUGCCUCUCAAAGCAGCUGCCCCUCUGGCUCCAGCUGCUGCCAGCUCUCCAAUGAGAAAUUGGGCUGCUGCCCACUGACUGGGGCUGUGUGCUGUUCAGACCAGGCUCACUGCUGCCCACAGGGCUACGUCUGUAACCUGGAGGCUGGGUCCUGCCAGAGGUCCACUUUGUUUCAAGUUCAGAUGCUGCCCCUGAUCAGGGUCAUGGAACAGGAACCAGAAAAGCCUGGCAACGUGCAUGAGGUCACGGAGGUCAAGUGUGAUGAUGCGUUCUCUUGCGUAGAUGAAGAGACGUGCUGCAGGGCCGAGGAAGGUUGGGGCUGCUGUCCGGCUCCAAAGGCCACCUGCUGUACUGACAAGAAGCACUGCUGUCCAGCAGGCUACAGCUGCGAUGACGGAGGCUCUUGCAUUCAGUCCACCAGGCUCCACAAAGAUAACUGGCAGGUCUUCUUCUCAAAGAAGAAGAGAGCACUUGUCUUUUGAAAACAAUGAGAGAGGCCUGUAUGGGCUCAACAUUUCACACACAUACAGUUCAUUUACUUUAUAUCCACUUUUGUGAUUUGGCCAGAGAGGAGUACCAAUAUAUGUUUUGGUCAACCUUGAGGUCACAGUAAUUUUCUACAUAUCUGGGAGAUGUCCAUAAUCUUGCACUUAAUCAAAAGGAAGUAAGAGUUAAAACAUUACUCUUUUCUGUUCCACUAGAACCUUGCCAAUGUUACACCACCCACAUGGGUAACAGUGCAACCAGCAUUCAGGACACAGUGGUUAUGAGCAGGGGUUGUUGCCAAGUUCAUCGGAGACAGUUCCUGUUUGUACUUGAACUUAGUUACUCUAAGGUGUGAUGUUUAACAUCAAAUGCACUGUUUUAAGUAUAAUUCAGGUCAGAAAUCAGUUUCUAAGAUGUAAAAUUUGUUUUAAAAUGUGAAUGUGAGUGAUCCCAAAUAAAGUGAUUUUUAAAUGAGUGAAA